CUUAUAUGUGUUUUUGACAUGAUAAAAAUUAUACUGAAAACUGAUAUUAUUACCAACAGCGCUGCAGCCCUAGCAUAAGAUAUCGCUUUAGUACUUGCCAGCCCUGCUCUGGCGCAGAGCUAAACAUACAAAAUUUUUGUCUGGACUCAAAAUUUUGUUGCAAGUUUGUUUUUGGAAUAUUUGAAGACUAAACAUUAAAAUAGGUGUCGCCGUUUGGUAAUCAGAAAAUUUCUCAUAGCGAUAAAAAACCCCUCACCGUGGCAAUGGAUGCCAAUUCACGUUUCCCAGCACGAUUACCAGGGCCCGCCAUUAGCUCAAUUGUGGGUAACUCUGACGAGCCGCUGCCGAGUCUAUCCGAUUUGCAUGACUGCGAGCCCAAGCUGGAGUUUGAUGAUACCGAGCUAUUGACCCCAACUCCAUUAGAGAAAGAUGUUAUGGUCGGCGACUUUGUGCUAGCAGAUGAUCCGUUUCCAGAUCCCGAACUUGAGACAGAAGAGCCACCAAAUCCCUUAGAGGACGAUUUUGAGGAUCAGCUGCGCGAACAGUCAGAGAACUCCCAGGGCAACAAGAACAAAUGCGACUUCUUGGGCACCGAUAAGCAAGGACGUCACAUCUUUGGCAUUUACGCCUCUCGCUUUCCGGAAAAAUCGCAACUCGAAGGUUUUGUGCGACAAGUCAUCAAAGAGAUUGAACCAUUUGUGGAGAACGAUUACAUACUCGUCUACUUCCAUCAGGGUCUUAAGGAGGAUAACAAGCCUUCGGCGCAAUUUCUGUGGAACUCGUACAAGGAGCUGGAUCGUAAUUUUCGUAAAAAUCUAAAGACAUUGUAUGUGGUGCAUCCGACGUGGUUUAUACGCGUCAUCUGGAACUUUUUCAGUCCAUUCAUCAGCGAUAAGUUUCGCAAAAAGCUAGUCUACAUCUCCAGCCUCGAUGAGCUUCGUCAGGCGUUGGGCCUGAACAAGCUCAAGUUGCCGGACACCAUUUGUGACUUCGAUCAUAAGCUGAAUCCGAGUCGUGGCCGUGCAUCGCAGCCAGCAACACCCAAUGGGCGGCCAACGAUGCAGUUUGGCGUGACCUUGAAGUUCAUCGUUAUGCACAGUCCAUGCCUCAAUUCUAUACCGCCAAUAGUGCGCAAAUGUGUGGACUCGCUCUCGAUCACGGGCGUCAUCGAUACGGAGGGUAUCUUCCGACGCUCCGGUAAUCAUGGCGAGAUUAUGGCUCUCAAGGAGCGCGUCAACCGUGGCGAGGAUGUCGACCUAAGCAACGUUAAUGUGCAUGUCAUAGCGGGUCUGCUCAAGAGUUUCCUACGGGACCUUGCCGAACCGUUGCUUACCUUUGAGUUGUACGAUGAUGUGACCAAGUUCCUAGACUGGCCCAAGGAGGAGCGUUCGAGAAACGUUACCCAGCUGAUACGUGAAAAACUGCCCGAAGAGAAUUACGAACUAUUCAAAUACAUUGUGGAUUUUCUGGUGCGAGUCGUGGACUGUGCGGAUCUUAACAAGAUGACCUCAUCAAAUCUGGCCAUUGUAUUCGGUCCGAAUUUCUUGUGGUCCGGCCGCACGAACACUUCCCUAGAGGAGAUAGCGCCGAUCAAUGCAUUUGUUGAUUUUGUGCUGCAGAAUCACAAGGCUAUCUAUCUGAUUGAUGUUAAUCAGCGCACAGUCAACGUCGAUUAGCUGGCUGGAUUAGCCGAGAGAACCACACAAAAAAGUCCGUAAUUUGUAAAUUGUUUCAUUAAGUGUUUAGCCUAUAAGCCCGUUCAUGGGAGCACAGUGAAAAACGCAAGCGUUGUUUCGUGUAUAAAGUGUGUUAAAUCUUAAGUUAAAAAUA